UGACAGGACAGUGUGGGAAGAGCCACAGUGGUUUAUUAUUGCAGGAUUCAGUCUGACCUCAGUGUCUGUUCCUCUGUCUCUUCACACAUGAGGCUGUUGAACCUCAGCUGCUCUUUCUGCUUUUUCUUCUUUUUGAUUUACACACUUUUACUGCGCAUGGUCCUCUAGUCCUUUCUCCAUUUCUUCCCAGACCUCUGCUCACUUAUCGCAGAUGAACUUGCAGCAGGAUGUUGCUGUUGGCUUCAGCUUCAUCCAUCAUUAAUUAGCUAUUCACGUUUUUCUAGAGUCCAGCCUCCUCCUCCUCUUCCUCUUCCUCCUCCUCCUCCUCUUCCUCUCCAUCUCCCUCCACUUGUCAGCAGCAGCUCGGAGCCGCCACAUGUCUGAGCGGAAACGUACGACUCAGCCCGAAGAGGAUGAAAACAGAGAGAGAAGGAGCUCGUCUGGAGUUUACUCUGAGCUGGCCUCAAGUGAACUGAAAGAGAAGAGGAGAAACACAGACGCCCCCUCCCCGUGGACGCCAUUGGAGAACUAAGUGGAUUGAAGAGGGCAGAGAGCAAGUGAGGGAGUCGGGAAGGUGGGGGGGGGGGGAGACAGAGGAGAUUAUCAGCUAAUCCAGUGCGUGGACAGUCCUGAAGGAGCCUCGUCGUUCUUCCAGGGUGAUGCAGACAAAACAGUUACUGGAUUACGCCUCUUCACUUUAUCGGCCUUUUUGAGAAAGCAUCGCUCUUCUUUCUUUUUCCUUCGCUCUGGUUGUUUUUCUCUGACUGUCGGACGUCUGGUGUCGGGACCGGGGGGGGGGAGGACGCAGGACAAAGACGUUUGGCGACAGAGCUGGUGUGGUCUACAGGCAGCGUGGUGCACACAUGGAUAAAUCUCUUUAGAGCGAGACGGUGCAUGGUGGUGGAGCCCCCCCACCCUGUCUCCCGUCCCUCCCUCUCUCUCUCUCUCUCUCUCUGCCUGAACCUUGAGGAAGAACAACUCACCGGAUGAGACACACACCAGAUCCUGUCAGACGCUGUUGAACACACACAGGAAGGAGCCACGUCCAUGGAUUCAAACCUGACGGACAUGCACCCAUACGCUCCCAUUUGAAUUAAAGGGAAAUUCCACAACUUCUCUGCCACCAUGAGUCUGGGAAAACUGCCAGGGUUUAAGGGCCUUGUGUCAAGCUCGCAGGGGAAGAGCCGGUUCAAGAGCGACCUCUCUGUGGACAUGAUCAGCCCUCCAAUGGGCGACUUCCGACACACGAUGCAUGUUGGCCGCGGCGGGGACGUGUUCGGUGACACUUCCUUCCUCAGUAACUACGGGGGCGUCAAGGAGCCUGGAAGUCCGGAUUCCACGAGCAGCUCCAAGACGACGGGUUUCUUCACACGCACCUUCAAGCACGUACGGAAGAACUCUGUGCCACGGCCGCGCAGGGGCUCCCGGGACUUGUCCCCGCCGCCGGACGUCUCACCCAUCAUCAAGAACGCCAUCUCCCUGCCCCAGCUGAACAUGGACUCUCCCAACGGGUGCAUGAAGAGGAUGAUGUUCCCAAACUCUGUCAGCUCAACACAGGACUCCCUCUGCACAUAUGGUCUUCAGUCUGGAUUCGUCACUCUGCCCCGCCUCUCUCGCCUCGACAGACAGUUUCAGGACGUUGACGUGCAGAGAGGGUCUCUGACCGACGGCAGCGGCUUCACCAUGACUCGCUCGGACUCGCUUGCCUCGUUCACCGUAGACCUCGGGCCUUCUCUCAUGUCUGAGGUGCUCAGCUUGAUUGACAACCCCCACUACCUCCAGAUGUCCAACCACAGCCCGGCCGCAGAGGAGGAAGAUGAGGAAGCAGAAGAGGAAGAUGAGGACUCUCUAACGGAGACGCCUGUGCAGAGCCCUGAGGUGACUUCUCCCAACCCGUCCAUGAGCAGCGGGUCGUUCAGCAGGACGAUGAGCAGCAGAAGACGGUCAUGCAGCCCUAACAGGGACGAGCAGGAGGAGGACAGGGGGUCUCUGAGGACGCCGGACGCGUCCACUGGGUCUCCACAGAGAGUGGAGCCUGUCAUGGAGGCAGAAAAGUUCCAGAGGGCAGCGGAUGUGCUCUCUCGUCAUUACGGCGGAGGGUCCUUCUCGAAGGGGACGAAGAUGAGCAGCACCACCCCCUCACCUGCUCUGUCCUGCAGCCGCAAAACACCGUACGGCAUCACUGAGGAAGAGGAGGAGAUAAAAGUGUAGAUAUUGAAACUCGGACUGAAAGACAGACUUCACACUUAACGUUGAUCCAACAGAACUGUGGAAAACAUUGAGGGAUCUUGUAAAGUCAGACAGGUUUGUAUGAUGUUCUGUUCUUCCUCUGCAGAAGCAUCACUCCUCCUCCUCCUCCUCCUCCUCCUCCUCCUCCUCUUCUCACAUGCAUCACUGAUCAGCUUCCAGAUCCUGGUCUGUGUUCAGUUUCUGCAGGAGGAAGGUUUUCAUUAUUGACCUGGAUCCUGGACGUUCUCUCUCUCUGCACAACACAACAGUUGUGAAAUUAUACAGAUUAUUUAUAACAGAAACUAUGUUAUAUAGUAUAAAUCAUGGAAUGACUCUGAAUGAAGAACACUCUGAAGAACAGUGGAUUUUGAAAGACUGUUUGUUUCUUCCCAGCAGAUCAACACCUAACACGACAUAAAACAUAAUAUGAUUCACAUGAAUAAAGAUCACGCAGCAUCUGGACUAUAUUUUCAUAUUAAUAAAUGUUGUAAACAUCUGCAUACGUUGGAAAUAAGUUAACUGUCAUAGGAAAUAAAAUGCUUUUUUACAGUU